AUAAAUGUCAAUUUAAGUUUGUUUUCAUAGCCAAGUACCAAUUUUAUUAACUAUUUAGUACUCAAACGUUCCUCGGUAGUAUCAUGGGUAAAAUUUCGAAGAUAGAAUAUUUUCGUGUGCCGCCACGAUGGUUAUUCGUAAAGAUCACGGACGAAGAAAACCGUGUCGGUUGGGGAGAAGCCAGUCUUGAAGGACACACUCAAGCCGUGGAAGGAUGUCUAGAUGCGUGGGCGGAAAAAUAUGUAGGAUUCGAAGCUGACGAUAUCGAACAUAUUUGGCAGCUAUCGUAUCGCGGGGGCUUUUACAGAGGGGGGCCAGUGCUCAUGAGUGCUUUGAGCGGGAUUGAUAUCGCCUUAUGGGAUUUAAAAGCUAGGAAACUGAAUGUUCCGAUCUACCAGCUUUUGGGCGGGAAAGUCCGGGAUAAGCUGCGAGUGUACGCAUGGAUAGGGGGUGACCGCCCAAGCGACGUUGAAGCACAAGCGAACGCCCGUAAGGCACAAGGAUUCAAUGCGGUCAAGAUGAAUGCGACCGAGGACCUGGGGUGGCUCGACUCACCUCGAAAGCUUGACGAGUGCGUGGAACGAGUGAAGACGGUGAAGGCAUUAGGACUCGAUGCGGGAGUAGACUUCCACGGGCGAGUGCACAAGCCGAUGGCAAAACAAUUAGUUGCCAAGCUGGAACCUCAUGAUCCUCUCUUCAUCGAAGAGCCCUUGUUAAGCGAGAAUAUCGACGGCAUCAAGGAUAUCGCUGCUCGCACGCAUUUGCCAAUCGCUCUUGGUGAGCGCCUCCAUAGUAGGUGGGAUGUACGUCCUUUCCUGGAAUCCGGAUGUGUGGAUAUCUUGCAACCAGAUAUCAGCCAUGUCGGAGGCAUAUCUGAGAUGCGCAAGAUUUCUUCAGCUUGUGAGACCUACGAUGUUGCACUGGCGCCGCAUUGCCCAUUAGGUCCGAUUGCAUUGGCAGCAAACGUGCAAGUUUGUGCGGUCAGUUCGAAUUUCGUGAUCCAGGAGAUGAGUCUUGGCAUUCAUUACAAUGUCGGCGGCCAAGACCUGACGAGUUACACGACCAAUCCGGAAGUCUGGAAAGUUACAGAUGGGUAUAUCGACUUAAUGGGCGGGCCUGGCCUAGGGAUCGAAAUUGACGAGGCGCAAGUCCGGACUUUAUCAAAAGAUGCGAAGGCGUGGGUGAGCCCGAAUUUCUUCGGCCCGGGGAACGAAUUAAGAGAGUGGUAGUCUCAAUAACUGUUGUGCGCUGAAUCUGCUCAGAAACAGAUAGCCUCGGGGAUGGUGGCAAUCAUGGAUAGAUGUGCAAUAAGGCAUGUAAGCUACUAGGUACCUACCUACCUAGUAUCUUUGACCACC